AUGGCUGCGCCUCGCUCCGCGCCCCCGCGCCGCCCGCCCGCUCCGCGCCGGCCGCUGCCGCUGCCGCUGCCGCUGCUGCUGCUGCUGCUGCUGCUGCCGCUGCCCGCGCCAAGCCGGGGUCUGGGCCACCCUGCCGAACUGGCAUUUGCUGUGGAGCCAAAUGAUGAUAUUGCAGUCCCUGGACAGCCCAUGGUGCUGGGCUGCAGAGUGGAGGGUUCCCCUCCGGUGCAGGUCUCCUGGAGGAAGAACGGAGCAGAGCUGCCUGAGGGCGCCCGCUCCACCCUCAUGGCCAACGGCUCCUUGCUGAUCCACCACUUCCGGCUGCAGGAAGGAGGUGGCCCUUCAGAUGAGGGUGACUAUGAAUGCGUCGCUCAGAACCGCUUUGGGCUGCUGGUCAGUCGGAAGGCUCGUAUCCAGGCUGCAACCAUGUCAGACUUCCACGUGCACCCCCAGGCUGUCGUGGGUGAGGAGGGCGGUGUUGCCCGCUUCCAGUGCCAAAUCCAUGGGCUUCCCAAGCCCCUGAUCACGUGGGAGAAGAACAGAGUCCCCGUUGACACGGACGAUGAGAGGUACACAUUACUGCCCAAGGGGGUCCUGCAGAUAACGGGCCUCCGGGCCGAGGACAGCGGCGUCUUCCAUUGCGUGGCCUCAAACAUUGCCAGUGUGCGAGUCAGCCACGGGGCGAGGCUCACCGUGUCAGGCUCAGGCUCUGGGGUCUACAAGGAGCCCACCAUCCUCGUGGGGCCUGAGAACCUCACCCUGACGGUGCACCAGACCGCUGUGCUGGAGUGUGUCGCCACGGGCAACCCUCGCCCCAUUGUGUCCUGGAGCCGCCUGGAUGGCCGCCCCAUUGGGGUGGAAGGCAUCCAGGUGCUGGGUACGGGAAACCUCAUCAUCUCAGAUGUGACUGUCCAGCACUCAGGUGUCUAUGUCUGUGCCGCCAACAGGCCUGGCACCCGGGUGAGGAGGACAGCCCAGGGCCGGCUGGUUGUACAAGCCCCGGCAGAGUUUGUCCAGCAUCCCCAGUCCAUCUCCAGGCCGGCCGGGACCACAGCCAUGUUUACCUGCCAGGCUCAGGGUGAGCCACCCCCUCACGUCACAUGGCUGAAGAAUGGACAGGUGCUGGGGCCAGGGGGCCACGUCAGGCUCAAGAACAACAACAGCACACUGAGCAUUUCUGGAGUUGGUCCUGAAGAUGAGGCCAUCUACCAGUGCGUGGCUGAAAACAUCGCUGGCUCAUCGCAAGCCAGCGCCAGGCUGACCGUGCUGUGGGCCGAGGGGUUGCCAGGCCCCCCACGCAACGUCCGGGCUGUCUCUGUGUCCUCCACCGAGGUUCAGGUGUCUUGGAGUGAGCCUCUCGCCCACACCAAGGAGAUCAUUGGCUACGUCUUGCACAUCAGGAAGGCUGCUGAUUCACCCAAACUAGAGUAUCAGGAAGCUGUCAGCAAGAGCACUUUUCAGCAUCUGGUGAGAGACCUUGAGCCCUCCACAGCCUACAGCUUCUACAUCAAAGCCUACACACCGAGGGGGGCCAGCCUAGCCUCUGUCCCCACCCUGGCCAGCACCCUGGGGGAAGCCCCCGCCCCACCCCCGCUAUCAGUGUGCUUGCUGGGCAGCUCCUCUUUGCAACUGCUGUGGAAGCCCUGGCCACGGCUGGCCCAGCACAAUGGUGGCUUCAAGCUGUUUUACCGCCCAGCCAGCGCAGCCUCCUUCACUGGCCCCAUCUUGCUGCCCGGGACCGUCUCCUCUUACAACCUCAGCCAGCUUGACCCCAGCACUGUGUAUGAGGUGAAGCUCCUCGCCUACAACCAGCAUGGAGAAGGAAAUGCCACGGUCCGGUUUGUGUCUUUGAAGGGAGCUUCUGAGAGGACAGUCUUGAGUCCCCCCUGUGACUGCUGGAAGGAAGAUGUCAGCAACCAUUCAUCCGCCACAGGCAUUGUCGUCGGCAUCCAUAUCGGAGUCACCUGCAUUGUCUUCUGCGUUCUCUUCCUCCUGUUUGGCCAAAGGGGCAGGGUCCUCCUGUGUAAGGAUGUGGAGAACCAGCUCUCCCCUCCCCAGGGUCCCAGGAGCCAGAGGGACCCUGGUGUCCUGGCCCUGAAUGGAGGGAGCAGAGGAGAUGGGGGCCAGCUCGGCCGAGACACCAAGGACUUGGAGCAGCUAUCUCCCCCGGCUGGGUCACCUGGGCAGCCGGGCUCCAGACCCACGGGCCUCUCAGCCUCUGCUCUGUGUGAGGAGACCCAGCUCUCCAUGGUGCAGCUUCGAGACUUCAACCUUGUGUCUGGGAGGACGACGGAGGCCAAAUCUCCCUGUGCGGGGCCUGGGCUGGCCCCAGAACCCCAGGAUGUAGGCCCUGGCCUGCUCAGUGAAGGACAGACUGCCCAGCCUCCAGCAGCCCCAGCUUCCCAGUGAGCUCACUGAGACAAGAGCCAGCGUUUGGUGUGUUCCCGAGGGGCGGCGCCCCAUUCUCAGGUCGAAGGCAAGGUUUUUCCUGUUCCUGUGGGAUUUGGAUGGUUCUAGGAGCCCGCCACUGAAGGACAGGGUUCUCAAACCAUGGGAGCUGGUAGGCCCUGUUACAAACGGCAUCUCUCCACUAGAGCUAAUGCCCCUCACCAACGCCUGCGGCCCACAGGACUUCUAAUGAAACGAAAGUUUUCCUUUAAAAAUCAAAAAUUUAACAUCAAAAAUGAGAGAGAAAGGAGAGGGACUGAAUUAUACUCAGAAAUACGUCCCUGCUGUGGCCUGUCCCUGAUGCCAUCACGCAGCUCUGACCUUGUUUUCUCAGGGUGGAUUUUAGCUGUUUUGACUCUCAGCACCUACCUCAGCCGGAAUGAAUGUCCUUGGGGGCUAGUGGGGCAGUCGCCUCAGCCCCCUGCCCCACAGAGCCCAAAUGCACUCCUACCUCAAGCCCCUUUAUGGGUACCCCGCCCUCCCCAUUGUUGCCCAGAGAAAAAGAAGAAAAACAAAAACAAAAACAAAACAAAAAAACAACAACCCCCCCCCAACUCCAAGUGUGAAAGAAACCGUCUACCUCAACCUCAAGGCCCUCUAUGUGGGCCUGUGUUGUCACUGGACCCUCCUGGGCCUCCUCCUCCCCUAGCCUUGCCUACCUCCCCCCAAUAGAGGAGGCUGUAGCUAAGUGACCAUGGGGGCUUACAGAAACAGAGAUGAAAUUGGUCAGAGAGAAAAUGUGAAACAAGCCAAAAAAGGAAGAGGAAAGUUGCUCCUUGAAAUAUAGACAUUGUUGUCCCAAACUGUUCACCUCCCUGCUGCCCCCUGUACACCAUCCCCUGUGUCUACCCACUCUUGUUCUGACCUUCUCAGACAACCCGCUGGCCAUCUGGAUACUUGUAGUCCUCCCUGCCUGGGCCUGGGGAAGGUAAGACAGACCCUGGAGGCUCAGUCCCGCUCAGACACGGAGCCCGCCCCUGGGAUGUGCUGCAUUGUGGGGAGCUGGGUGCUCCCGACAGAGGCACUCCAGCCUUCUGUGACUGAGGUAACCUGCCCUGUCAGCAGGGGUGGCCAGGAGUUAUUUUUGUAUGAGGUGU